AUGGCUAAUGUUUACGCUGAUGGACCAAGCAGCUUUUACUACCACCGUGUCAACCGUCACUACGUUCCUUGUCUUGUUCCACAGUCAUCUCUUUCUUUCUCUGCCUCUGCGAGGUCAACUUCGUUCUUUGUCGUCCUCAGCUUUCCAUCAUGCUGGCAUUAUCCUUCGUUUUUGCUUUCUUACUCGCUUUCCAAGGCGGUAAGCUCUUAUCCCUGCUUUCAGUGGCACCUACUGAUACCUCUACCUCCAGUCCUCUCACACCAAUUCUACGACCUGGCAUCUCCGCAUAUCUACCUAUCCCCCCGUCAAUCGACCAAGAACCUCACUGACCUCCCGGAAUCCUCGAUCCCAUCGGCAUGUUCCGCGAACUGCAGUCAAGAUGUGAUCAAGUACCUUAGUAACUGUUCCACGACCGCGUGCAUGUGCAACAAUCAGACGGAUCAGUCGAUCACAUCCUGUGUGGACUGCGUCGUUGCCCAAGGGAAUAUUUCCAGCGCCGUUGGAAAGGCUGUCAUCGCUCGUGAGUUGUAUCACCGAACAAUCCAUCAUUGA